UAUCAUUUCAACGCGUUUCCGAUGCGGUGUGAGCAAGGAGUUAUUCUUUUAAAAAGAAGUGUAAAAGAACAAACAAGAUUUCAGCAUUUUAUCGAUGUUCUAUCGUUUUUACGUCAUAUUGGCGGCUGUAGCAGACAUAAUCAAAACAAUAAUAUUUGACAGACAAAUCUUGCUUGCAUCUGAAAAUAAAAAAUGAAACCCAGUAAAAAAAGUGGUUAUUUUAUGAAAAGGUCUUAUUUAGGAAACAGCAGGCAAUCUUACCGGCAAAAAGGUAAUCAGCACGAACAGCAACAAUGGAAACGCUUUUGUCCCGAUCCAACAUCAAAUUAUCAUAAUGGCGCAAUGCCUUACGGUCCUCAAAUAUCUAACAAUGGCGGUAGGUGGGCCAUUCAACCAUCUGUACAAAUAACGCCGCAUUCAUUUGGACAUCAAGUAACUUUUCCGUAUCUCCAUAUGAAUAACUCUAUGGUGAAUACUCAUCACAACAACAUGCCUCCAAUAGUGAAUAAUGAUCCUAUGAAUAAUAGUUCUCAAACUAAUCGUAAUCGAAAUAUAAAUAGUAGUCCUUACCACGGUGCAUACAAUAAUGGUCGUUCUCGUAUGAAUAUGGGUCCAACGAUAAAUAGUGGUCUACAAAUUAAUAAUGAUCAUCCCACGCUUAAUGGUUCCAUGAUUCAAAACGUUACCCUUAGUACCUCUCAACACUCCUAUGAACGUAACGGCCAAAAAGAAUCUCAUCAACUACAUAGCAAUAAUUCAAAUCUCUUAAGUUCACAAAGCUCCAAAAAAAAGUGGAAUAAAGAGGACGCUCUACGCGCUCUUAAGAUUGAGGAAGAGUUAUGUAAACGAAAUACUACAGCCCCAUACUUGGUAAUCCGAUUUCCAGACCCACCAUUAGAUUGUGAUAUUGUUAAAGGAUUUUCAGAACAAAUUGAAGCUGUACACUUUCAAAAAAAUUCUUCACCGCGAUAUUGUUUUGUUCGCCUAGCAGAAAACGCCAGUGCUGAAAAAGUUAUACAAGAAAUAUCCAAAAUCCCUUUUGGCAUGGGCUAUUUAUCAGCUGAAUUGCGCUUUGAUCCUUCGAAACCUCCACCUACUACAAAGCCGGAACAAGUUGAUCCGUAUACUUUAUAUAUAGGUAAUUUGUCGCUAUCUGUGUCCGUGGAAAGCAUAAAGCGACAUUUUCCUGGCGGCCAAAGAUAUGAUCUGGCUUUCAAAUCAAAAAUAAAACCUAUUAGGUACGCAUUUAUCCGUUAUGAAAGUAUAGAAAAGUCAAUAGCUGCAUUUAAGCGUGGAAUUAACAUACAAAUAGAUGGACGCUCACUUGUUUUACGGUUUCGUAGGGCAAAGUUUAAUUAUCCUGCCGAAAAUUCGUGCUCAGAAAGAAAUCUAGCAAACAAUGAAAGUAGAGCCCAACAACAGCCUCCUCUCCAAAAUGUUUGUGGGGAAGAGAAUAGCAGCAAUAAUGUAUUUGAUAAUUACGAAUCUGUAGUGAAAGAUGAAGAUGUGGGAGACUAUAUAAAAGAGGAGAAUUAUGAUUCGGAGUACAGCUAUGGAGAUGAAUGCUCUAGUAUAAUUUGUGAGUAUUCUCAUAGCAAUAAUGAACCUACCAUUAAAACGGAGUGCUAUGAUAAUGACGACCAAUUCAAUUCUAAUUGUACUUCUCCAACACCAUUCAAUUCCAAAGGCAACGAGGAAAUAGUGGACAGAAAUCAGGAAUUCGCAUCCUCGACAAAUAGUAUCUCAAAAUUAACGGAAUCUCAGCAGUGCCUUCAAAGCAAAAACCAUGUAGAAGUGCUAGACGACACGACAAACCCUGCGAAAAAACAUACAACUUCAACCAUAGUCCCAAUAACAGAAAAAAAAUACAUCGAGCAAUUAUAUGACCAGUUGAAUUCUUCCAAAGUUCUUAAAAAGGAAGUUCUAAGCGAUUUUGACGAGUUGGAUGAAUUGCUAAAGGAAGUAAAUUAAUUUAAAAAAAUAAAAAUAAGAUAGGACAACUUAAUAUAAAUUAUGCCACUUACAUUUUAAAACCGCCAGAACCAUAGAUUUGGCAACUUUAUUUUAACUAAAUAAAAGCAUUAAGAUUAGAACAACAAGGUCAAUGCAAGGCAUUGCCCGUGUUGGUCCUACCACGGUCUAAGUGACCGAAUACCACCAAAUAUAAUAAGCUUGUAACAGUUUUUACAAAUUAUUGCUAAAUCGCUUAGAUUAAAAUAAACCCAAUGCUCAAGUUAAAACG